AUGGCUAGCAGCCCCAUUGGAUACUCAAUAACUGGAACUUCACUGAUUGGUCCUUCCCUGCCUCCCUUGCAGCUCUCCUCACAGCCCCUGUCCUUGGGGACAGUGACCUGCUUGGUCCUAAUCUUUGGCCUCUAUGCGACCUCCCUCCCUACCGAUGCUGAGAAGGGAAGGAGGAAAGUUGUUCAUGUACUCGAGGAUGACACUGGGGCAGUGAUUGUUCAGACCGCCCCCGGUAAAGUGAUCACCCACCGGGGAGGCUCCAUCACCCUGCCCUGCCGCUACCACCACGAACCCGAGAGCUCCGACCCCAACCACAUCCGCAUCAAGUGGACCAAGGUGACGGACGCGCUGGUGUUUGAGGAUGUGUUCGUUGCACUGGGCCUCCAGCAGAGGUUGUUCGGGUCGUAUCGGGGUCGUGUGUCCCUGGAGCAAAACGGACCGGGGGACGCCUCGGUCAUCAUCCACAACGUCACCUUGGAGGACUACGGACGCUACGAGUGUGAGGUCACCAACGACAUGGAGGAUGAUACGGGAUUCGUCAACCUCGAUCUUGAAGGUGUGGUGUUCCCCUACUAUCCCCGGGUGGGGCGCUACAAGCUGAACUACCACCAGGCUGAGGACGUGUGUAAGGAGCAGGAUGCUAUCCUGGCCUCCCAUGCCCAGCUCCACAAGGCCUGGCUGGAUGGACUGGACUGGUGCAACGCUGGCUGGCUGGAGGACGGCUCCGUCCAGUACCCCAUCUCCCACUCCCGGGACCAGUGUGGCCGCAAGGACACCGCCGCAGGGGUACGCAACUACGGCUACAGACACAAAGAGGAUGAGCGCUAUGAUGCCUUCUGUUUCACCUCCAACCUCAAUGGUAAGGUGUAUUUCCUGAAGCGCUUUAAGAAGGUGAAUUAUUCUGAAGCAGUGAAGGCGUGCGUUCGUGAUGGCUCCGUGGUGGCCAAGACGGGCCAGCUCUAUGCUGCCUGGAAGAUCCAGCUGCUGGACCGCUGUGAAGCUGGCUGGCUGGAGGAUGCAAGCAUCCGCUACCCCAUCGUCAACCCACGUACCCGCUGCGGAGGGCCCCAACCGGGGGUCCGCCACCUGGGCUUCCCUGACUUGAAGUUCCGCCUCUACGGGGUCUACUGCUUCCGCAAGAAUGAAGAGAGUGUUAAUGGUGAUGUGGUGAAGUCGACCCAGGGCCCAAGGAAGAGCAGCAAGGACAUCCCCAUGAACACCACCUCCAGCAGAAUCAUCUAG